CCCCCACUCACUCUCACUCUCACUCUCUCACUUUACAACAAGCUAACCCACAAUCACAAGCUCCGCAACGUCUCUCUCCCCCUCCCUCUAGAACCCUCUCACACUCUCUCUCGAACCCCAACCCCCCAAAAUCCCCAGAUCCAAAACCCACACAAUGCAGCUCCGCCGGGCCACCACUGCCGGCGCCUUCCUCCUCACGCUCACCCUCCUCACCACCCUCACCGAAGCGCACAACAUCACGCGCCUCCUCGCGAAGCACCCCGAGUUCUCGACCUUCAACCACUACCUCACCCUGACCCACCUUGCCGCCGACAUCAAUGACCGCACCACCAUCACCGUCUGCGCCGUCGACAACUCCGCCAUGUCGGCCCUUCUCUCCAAACACCUCUCCAUCUACUCCAUCAAAAACAUUCUGUCCCUCCACGUCCUCCUAGACUACUUCGGCGCCAAGAAGCUCCAUCAGAUCACCAACGGCACUGCCCUCGCCGCCACCAUGUACCAGGCCACCGGCUCCGCCGCGGGCUCCUCCGGCUUCGUCAACAUCACCGACUUAAAGGGUGGAAAGGUCGGUUUCAGCCCCGAGGCCAACGACGGCACCUUCCCUUCCCAUUUCGUCAAAUCCGUCGAAGAGGUUCCGUACAACAUCUCUAUCAUUCAGAUCAGCACCCUCCUCCCCAACCAGGCCGCCGAGGCCCCCACCCCGGCCCCCGCUGAGCUGAACAUCACCGGAAUCAUGUCCGCCCACGGCUGCAAGGUCUUCGCCGACACGCUCCUUGCAAACUCCGACGCCUUCAAGAUCUACGAGGACAAUCUCAACGGCGGGCUGACCGUUUUCUGUCCGAUGGACGACGCACUCAAGGCCUUCUUGCCGAAAUUCAAGAACCUGACUGCGGCCGGGAAGGCUGCGCUGCUCGAGUACCACGGCAUUCCGGUCUACCAAUCCAUGUCGAUGUUGAAGUCCAACAAUGGACUGAUGAACACUCUGGCCACCGACGGCGCGAGUAAGUUUGACUUCACCAUCCAAAACGACGGGCAGCAGGUCACUCUAAGGACCAAGCUCGUCACGGCGAGGAUCACGGGGACACUCAUCGACGAGCAGCCCGUCGCUAUCUACACCAUUGACAAGGUCUUGCAGCCUAAGGAGCUUUUCAAGGGGGCUUUGACUCCCGCACCGGCUCCGGCCCCGGAGAAACCGGCCCACGCGCCGAAGAAGUCGAAGCAUGCGCCCUCACCCGUCGCCGACCAGGAGGCCGAUUCGCCCGCUGCGUCGCCGGAUGAGGACCCGGCGGAUCAGACCGCAGAUGACAGUAACGGAGCCGUGAGGGUUGAAAGGAUGGGGUUUGGGGGUUUGGUUUUUACCAGUGUGUGGUUAGUAUUUUCAUUGCUGUAAGUUUUUGGUUUAGUUUUAAUUUUUACAGACUUGUUAUUUACUGGGUAAUAAGUGAGAGAUCAAUUCGAGGUAAAUCUCUUUUUCUUUUCUCUUUUUAUCUAAUUGUUUUUGUGUGAGUGUGAUUUUUUUUUUUUUUUUUGUUGAUGGGGGAAAUUUGUAACAUUGUGAUAUUUGUUUGUUGGUGGAAGUUUGAUUAGUACUUUGGUAGAGACCAUUUAUUUAUUAUACAAUUGUCACAUGUUACUUUCUUUUAGUGAGAUAUUCUUGUAUUU